AAUCCAGCAUAAAUCACUUGAUUAUCUUAAGAAUGAUGCUUCAGCAUACUGGUUUGGGAAUUAAUCCUUCAGAGAUCAGCGCCUCGGCUCUGGUGCCAUGUCUGUCCCCACCGGGUUCACUUACACUAGACGACUUCACGCAUUUCAGUCCGCUGGUCAAGGAGGAGCUGCGGUACACCAUACAGAACAAGCGUCUCUCCAGCGGUACAAGUUCGAGCACUACAGACUGUGGCAACUACAGCUCAGAAAGAAACUCUGAGCCAUCCACAAAAAAAGAGCUUUUCACAGAGGAACAUAGUCGCAGGAAAAGAAGAAGGGAAAGAAACAAGAUUGCUGCUGCCAAAUGCAGGAACAAGAAGAAGGAAAAGACAGAUGGUUUACAAAAAGAGUCAGAAAAACUGGAGUGUAUAAAUGCUGAGUUGAAGGCACAGAUUGAGGAGCUGAAGAACCAGAAGCAGCAGCUGGUCUACAUGCUCAACCUGCAUCGACCUACAUGCAUUGUUCGAGCACAGAAUGGACAGACUCCAGAGGAUGAGAGGAAUCUUUUUAUUCAGCAGAUUAAAGAGACUACACUGCAGUGUAUGAACCUUAGCACUUCUGAACUGACAAAUUUUACUGUACCAACUACUUGUAGCCAAUGUUAAGGCAAUGCUUUGACAGCUUCAA